AUGAUUAGCUUUGAAGUUAUGCGAACUUCCGGAAGCAUUUUACUAAUAGUGACAUUGUGCACAUCAGCAUAUGCUCUUGAUUGCACCACCUUCAAACAAGAAUGGAUGAAAUUACGGUAUACUAUACUAACAGGAGUUCAUAGUUCAACUAUCAUUGGUCCUACAUCAAACAUUUGUCCUGUAACCGGUACUUCCUGUUGUGAUGUAAGCAUGGAACAUGAAAUGUACUCAGUGGGUCAGCGUCAACUUAUAAAGCAAACCAACUCAUGGUUACAAGUUGCCUGGAAAAUGAGCAAUGAUAGUGCCGUGCUUGAAUCAAUUUUUCAAGCUGAUUUAAAACAAGCUAAAGGACGUUUACAUCAAUUUUUCAGUCGGAUUUAUGGAUACAAUUAUAAAUUGCAUAAAAAUUUCUUCUUCGGGUUUUUCACCGAUUUAGAACAAUAUAUGGCAGGUCAGCAGGGUCAGCUCGGUGUGUUAAUCAAAAAUUUCUUCAGUCAACUUCGUGACAGUAUAGUUAGUUUGAUUGAAAAAUCUGGACAGGUUAAUUCCAGUCCUCCUUUCAGCUCGAUUUCGCCUAACACUGGCUCGUUUGGUAACAGUCUUCCUGGGGUUGGUGGUACUGAUGAAGCUAGUGAAUCUAGGCGAAUUCGUUGUUUAUCUGAAAAGAUUGCACAGUUACAUCCGUUUGAUGAUGUAGAUGUCCGACUUCACGCUCGUAUGUUGGAAGCUUAUCCACCCGCUCGUAUGUUGGUCAAUGUUUUAUCUGUUACCAGCAAAUUAUUACACUAUCUGGUUGAUCAGGUUGUAGCUCAAUCUCAAUGUAUUUUAGGCAUUACACGUUAUCGAUUUUGUGCUAUAUGCGAGGCUCAGUCACUCAAUAAUGUCUGCCCUGAGAGUUGUUCACAAUUACUAGCCGGAUGUUUACAUGUUGAUGGUCCAGAUGAAACACAAUUGGCGUAUAUUUGGCCUCAAUUAAUUGAUACAAUCAUCAUGGCAACUAAUCGGUUGGAAAGAUCAUUCAACUUUCCUGCAGUAAAUCGUAAUCUUCAAAUGGAAAUAUCUGAAGCAAUAACUAGUUUACAAACACGUUAUAGUGAAACAAAAUCUAAGUUUGAAUCCGAAUGUCGAUUUGGUUCUGCCGGUCGACGAAUGCCAACAUUGUUCGAUCCUAUUGGACCCCCUCAUAGCAGUCAGGAAAAUCGUGCAAAUCACUCAGACAUCUCUAGAUGGUCAAUGAUAUCUGAUUUGAAUAGACGCUUAAAUAGAAUAGCUCGUUCAUCAUCUUAUCCACAAUCAUCAACUGUUUCUCAAGAAUUCCUUGACUGGCAAACACGACAACGACCAUCCCAAGUCACUUCUAGUAACAAUCGUCCAAAAAAAAAAGAUUAUAGUCAACAAAGGACUAGCAGAGCAUCUGAUGACUGGGAUGCCUCAGACAACGAGAAUCCUAUGAAUGCUCCAAAUGAUCUCGUUCGUCAAGUCAAUGAAAUCAAACAAGCUGUGCUUUAAAAAUGUUCAUACUAAUAUCAUAAUGAUGAUUUUGGCAAGAUUUCAUUAUAGUGAUUAUCUUUAUUGUUUUUGGAGUUCAAUAUUCUUUUUCUCAUAUCAGUGAAAUACAUAUAUCAUCAUUGAGUAGUUCAUCGUAAGUACUUUAGUCUUCAAAUCUACUGUCUACAUUUUUAAUUCUAUACUGUUUGUAAUAUUUCUAAAUAGAAGGAAAUCUUCUGGGACAUAAACAGACAUCAUUAAUGACACUAGUUAAAAAUCACACUAAAUUACAAAUUUAAUUUGGUGUUAUCAACCAUUAAUGUUGUAUUUACCAUGUUCACCACAAUACUUAAAGGUUUCGGGUUCAACCGUUUCUAGGGUCAGGAUGUAGUGAACAAGAACACCAGUGGGGACAAUCGGAUGUAUUUAAAACAAAAUUACAGGACUUGUUUGUAAAAUCUAACAAUCAUAAAGUAAAUGCUUAGUUUUCAAAAUGUCCACCAAUUGUCUCAAAAUGACUUAGACUUCAUUGUUCUUGCAUUUUCAUACAAAUUGCAUCCUGUUUCCAUUCUUUACUGUUUGAUCCUCUUGUCUCUCUGCUGCCAGACUUUCUGUUCACAACUAACAUCAUAUAGUACUUAUGUCAAUAUAAGUAGCACACGCCACAAGGACACAUAAGUGUUGCUUGCUCGCUGGUUUCCACUGGUCCUCUAGAUAAGGCUAAAUCGUAAAAAAUUGCACCUAUAUAUAUAUUCUUUAGAACAGAUCCAAGGGAUAUUUGUAAUAUAAUGAGACUAAAUUAAUACAACAUAUUUUCCUUUCUCAUUUGAUAUUUUUAUUAAUAAAUAUAAGCAAUUUCCAAUCUAACAAUCAUCUCACUACACUUUAAUCUAUGAGUUGAUGAUUUUUGGGAAGCAUUUUUAGAUUCCAAUUGUACAUGCCCUUUUUCAUCAUAUAAAUCAUAUGUACAUGUGUCUGAGUGUAUGUACAUGCUCCCUGUUUGUAAAUGUGCCAACUGUUGUUUAGCUUCGUUUCGUUUUUCUCUUGUUAUUCCUAUUUUCAUGUUGUAUAUUAUUUCAUAUUUGUGCCUACUUUCCAUUUCUGAACAAUUAUGUUCUUUUCUCUUUUACACGUUUUACAAAUUUCAUUGAUCAGCUAUUCAUCUUUUGUAUUUACACUCUCUCACACUUUCUAUCUCUCGUUAUGGGUUCUUCACUAAUUGUAUUCUAUAAUUUUGUUAGCUUGUAAAAUAUACACUCUCGUCUAUAUCUCUAAGGGCACAUAUAAGCAACGUGGCUAAAUAGUAAAAUAAGCAAAGAAAACAGUGUAAGUUUUAAUAUUGAUUUUACUUUUUUUUCGACGAAUGCUUUUACAGUUUGAUUGAAUGCACAGUAUGAAAUUUGAAACGACAGUGAGGAAAAUAAUAGUAAUAAUAAUAAUAGUGAUAAAAACAUCGGUAAUGAAACACAUACACAAGUACUUAUGUGUGUAGUUUGCUUUUGUUUUUUAUAAUAUUUAUCUUUGAUUGGGUGGUUUUACCGUCCGGUUUUGUCUGCAUUUUUCUUCAGUGCUGUGUGCAUACAUAUACGUUGUUCUGUUCAGUGAUUUUUAACCCAAUUCAAAUUGCUUUUUUUGCUCACACGUCAGCUCAUUAAUCUAAUCUUAUAUAUAUAUAUAUAUAUAUAUAUAUAUAUAUAUAUAUAUAUGAAAAGCAAUUAUUUUGACGCUGUUUAUGAUUUAUUGAUCGGUGACGUUGUUUUCGUGUGUAUGUUAGAGAGACAGAGAGAACAGCAGUAUCUUUUUUCAAGUGUAAUUUAAUAAUCGAAAUGAGAAGCACAAUUAUUUCCCAUUAUUUUAGCGUUAAAGCUCAUAACAACUACCACAGUUUGAUUUUUUUUCCUCAUUUCAAUGUUGAAUUGUAGACAUGUUUUUGCUAAUCUUGUUCAAUCUAUUUUUUAUGUAGUAUUCAUCUCUACGUGAUCUGUUCAGUGGUGCAGCUGGUAGCUUAUGUCCUACUAAUUCAACCACUAUGAGUAAUGGGAAUUCGUCUCAUGUUAAUCAAAGCACCCAUUGUUGGAAUCCACCUCGUAUACCCGAGUAAGGAUUUGUUUUUGUGCUUUAUUCUGUUCUGAAAGCUGUCUACUGAUUUUGUCUAUUUAUAACUUCAGGCGAAUGUCAGCCAAUUUUGCUGCUUCCUACUGUCUGUAUGUUACUUGAUCUAUUCCCCUAUUAAACACAAUCUUAAUCAUCCAUAGUUACCCAUUGUCCUGGGUUAAUAGAGUACGGUUAUAUGCUAUUUCGACUGUACAUCUCUUGGUAAAACAUCUGAUCAGCAUGUAACCUAGAAUUAUUUCUAGGUAAAUGUAUGGUAUUCUCAUGUUAGUUCAAUAUAAUUGUUCUAUAUGAAGCUAAAUUCACGUACCUGUUCAUACUUGUUAGCAUGAUUUACCUAUGGAAUUAAGGAGAGACUCAUGUUCUGUCUUAGACUUUGACUUUCAUAUGGAUUCUUUGUUGAUUCAACCAACAUUCAUAAAUCACUAGCUUUGUACACUAUCCGACUGGUUUCAAAAGUUACUCAGUAAGUAAAAUCGAUCCAUUAUAAUAAAAAGUUACUUAGUAUAAUGAAAAUACAACUGUUCUCAGCACUAAAAACCAAUAAAUUUAACAAUAAUUACCAUCUGGCAACUAAUAAAUACAUUAUUACACAUAAAAACAAUACUUCAUGUAAAUUAUAUUAUAAUAAUGAUUUAUAUUUUCUGAAAAUAAUAAUUACAGAAUUCACGCCAGUUUACAGGCAUGAUCAAUUUGAUAUAAAUAGUAACAUUAGAUGUACAGAACAAACAUGUGAUAGAAGAUAGUUUUAAGUAUACUAGUUCAGUAGUUGUUCAGGUAGUACAUGUAUUAAAGCGAUCCAAUGUAUCAGCCGGGAAUUUUUAAUAUUUCUUAAAUGGGCAGCCUGUUGAUUUAUGAACGGAGUAAUUAAGGUCAUUUCGUGUGCCAGAUCGAAUUAAUGAUAAUUAUAAGGCUUUUUUAUUUCGUAAAUUAUUGCUGCAGCUGUUCAUAUCUACUUUACCAGUAUUUAGUAGAAUAUCCUUAUUUUAAAGCAUCAAUGUGUUGUUAUACUCUGU